GGAACUCGUUGCGAUGUGCAGUGUCCGCGAUGCAGGUGUCCCGGUUGUUCGUCCGCACGAUCGGGAACAAGAGAGGAUGAGCCCAGUGAUUUUUUACGGAGAGGAACGUGUCCGCAGAAACGACGAGGUCACACACUGAUUCGGCGGCGGUUGCACACUUCACGAUAAGAAAAUAUAUAAGGAUGCGAGAGAAAAAAAGAGAGAGAAGAGAGAGAGAGAGAGAGAAAGAGAAAUGUCAAACUUUAUCACGAGUACAGCAUGAUGCGUGACGGAUCGCGUACGAGAGACAAGAGAGAAAGAGAGAGAGAGAAACAAUAACAAGAACAACGACUACACUCGCGCGACACCACCGACACCGACACUACUCGAUGACGUCAUACCACCGGCGGCAACAUGGAGCCCGCCGCCGACGACGUACGCGCGACGACGACGCGACACGACACCGAAAACACCACGAUUUAACUUACGACGAAUAGCACGCGCCGCGUUUCUACCGUUCUCUAUUCGGCUACGGCCGUCUGGUUUAACCUCAAAACGUUUUAGCGUUCGUUUAUCAGCCGGAGGAUGCGCGUUAAACGUGAGAAACGGCAGCGGACGCGCCCGUGCGCAACAGCGACGAGACACGGACCCGAACUGAGACGAGAUGUCAGCCGAGCGGCGCCGAACCCAGCCGAACGCGUCGCCGCUCGCCGCCGUGCGCCGCGCGCUCCCAUUGGUCGAGCGCUCGCCCCCACCUCCUCGGCUCGUGUACGCUCGGCUGCUCUCGUCCCUCGUCGUGACCGAGGAAAACGGUAGUCAUUCCAAUGAACGGCGCGGCGUAAAACGUAAAAUCGCGAUUUGACGUCCGGAGAAUGACAUUGUGUUAUAACCUCUUCACUCGCCCGCGAAUCGUAUAUCAAUUUAUCUCCUUCAAUCGCGCGUGAAGCAACGACUGUCGUUGCAGGAUCGUAAGCUCCAGGACUCUACUUUCGACGGACAUAGUUUUGCGUGAUCGCUCAAUUGCGCCCAACUUCAGCUCGAUUCGUCUAAUCCUUCUUGUCGACGCGAGGAAGAAUCGAGGAAGAUCGAAGAGCAGCCUCAUCAACUAGAAUCCGUGGAGAAAAAAGAUGACACCGUCUCCGUACGUCUCUCGAAUAAAUCAGAUCGACGCCGCACAGUUGGACACGGAGAUCUACAAAGUGCUGAAGACUCAGACCAGAGAGAUCGCGAGAUACAGCGCGCCCGGGAAGAUCGACAAGUGGCAGGCGGAAGUGGACGUCCUCUUGAAACUUCUCAUCUGGAAAUUCUCGCUGCAACGAGGCUCCUCCACAUUCGGCCAGCGACUCCUCAAUCUGCACUACGCCAAUAUUAAUCAGAGGAAAGCCGUCCUCUACUUAAUCCUCAGCGUUCUGCCUCAAUAUCUGAAAGACAAGCUGGCUAAUAGGAAUCUAUCAGAUCGCGGCAUGCUCGUCCAAGGUCUAAAGUCGCUCGUCGAUUGGACAUCGAACGCCGUCAGCACCCUGGAGCUGAUCAAUCUGCUGUAUUUUCUUCACCGGGGCGUGCAACCGCGUGCGAUAGAGUUUCUGCUGAAUCUGUCGAGUCAGUCGAUCACGACGCAUCGACCAAGAACGAUCGGAUACUCGUACAUGACGAGGGAGCUGCUCUGGCACGGCUUGAUGGAGCUCUUCACUAUUGGCAUACCCAUGAUCAAUUUCCAUUAUCUGAAGCACGCGAUAACGCGACUCUGGCGUCGAGCGGAACCGGCGACGAUGACGCGAUCGUUUCCGGUGAUGGACGCCGAGACCAAGUGCGCCUACUGCGACGAGAAUCCGAUCCUGCCGUCACACGCCGGCUGCACACACGUCUUCUGUUACUACUGUCUGCAGGCGCAUUUCACCGCGAUGAGUGUGUUUCACUGUCCCGGCUGCGGCACCGAGCUCCACGUCGAAGACAUGAAGAGUUACACGGUUGCGAGUGCGUCAUCGAGCGACGACGAAGAGUCGGACGAUAGUUUUGAGAGAGUGGACACUGGAUAACGUGAACGUAUGUAUCUAUAUUUUUUAAUUCUAUUAAUAACAGUGAAUCGAUGAUCGCGGAGUGACGUGAUGGUGAUGGUUACACAUAUAAAUUGUUGGUGCCUUUAUUCUUCUAGUCUAUAAACUCGGUGACUGCCACUAUCUUAAAAUAAAUUGAAAAAUUAAAAUUAAAAUUAAAAUUAAUUUUAAACAUUUUUAUUCUGUGGGAAGAGGGAGAAAGGAGAGUUGUGGAAUUAAACUAGUUUUGUGGAAAAAGAUUCUUCGCAAAAUAUAUAGUGAUUAGAAUAAGUACAAAUAAUUUUAUUAUUAUAAUAUCAAAGAUAACUAUAAAUUUUGAAAAAAAUAAAAUAUAAAAGAAAAACGAAAAAAAAUUCACCUCUCUCUCUAAUCAUCGAUUUAUCGUGAAACACGGCAAAGGGCUGUGUAUAUAUGAUAUCAACAUUUUUUUUAUUAAAAAUAGC